CGCAACUUGACAUCUCUCCCUCCCUCCCUACCUCGCCUCCACGUCCCCUCUGCCAGCGUCAUCAUGUCCCGCCUUCGUCCCUUUCGCAGCACCGACCUAUUCGCAUUCAACGCCGUGAACCUAGACCACUUCACCGAGACCUACUCGUGCUCCUACUACCUCAACUAUCUAGCCUUGUGGCCAGAGCUGUGCUUUCUUGCCGAAACGCCUCACGCGGCGCAGCUGUCUUCCUCCAGCACCAGCACCAGCACCAGCACACCCACCCCUACGCCCACAGCCUACCUCAUCGGCAAAGCGGAAGGAACCCGCAAAGAGCUGCACGGCCACGUAACGGCCAUCACCGUCUCACCACACUAUCGUCGCUUGGGUCUAGCGAAAUCACUCAUGUCCCUCCUCGAGUCGGCGAGUUCUUCCCUCUACUCGGCCUGGUUCGUCGACCUCUUCGUGCGACCGAGCAAUGCGCUUGCCGUUGGUCUAUACGAGGCCUUGGAGUAUGGGGUCUAUCGAAGGGUGAGGGAGUAUUAUGCUGGGGGAGGAGGCAAGGGUGGAGCAGAGGAUGAGGAUGGGUUUGACAUGCGCAAGGCCCUUCCCCGGGAUACCAAGAGGGAGACGAUCAGGCCGAGCGAGAAGGGGAUCAAGACGUUUGUCGACGUGCACGCAACAAUCUUUGAACCGACGUAUCGCCUCUCCCCGCGCUAGCUAGCCGCCAAGAAAGUCGAUGCCAAUACCAAACUGCACCCCCUUCCUCUGUCCAUCCCCGCGCCUGCUCGUGAUCGGCAUGCCAGCAUUCACUUCCACCCGUAACGGUCCCUGCGUGUAUGCCAGCCCCAUGCCCGCACUCAUGCUCGGCUCGCGAGCCGCAGACAACAACGACUGCCCGCGCGAUGAGGCUCCCCCGGCUACCUGCCCCGCAUUGAGAAACGCGUGCACCUUCAACGGCCAAUGAGCCUUCCCCGGCCAGCAGGGCGCAAAGAGGCUGCCCCCAACCUCGUAGUAGGCCCAACCCCCCAACGAGUCACGCCCGCUCUUUGGGCCGAGGGAGUUGGGUGAGAACAUGCGCAACGAAGUCGGCCCGCCCAGAUGGAAGAGGUCAGAGAGGUGGUGUCGCUCCCCGCGGCGCAAGGGGAGAAUGAACCCUGUGCGCAGCCCCGUAGAAU